CUCCUAAUCAUGGCUCUGAUGGUGAAUGACACCUCAGCUCUCCCCAAUUAUGUCCCCCAUUACCUCCUGGCGAGCGACCCUUUUGCCUCCAAGCUGUCCAAGGAGGCCGACAUCGUGGCUGCUUUCUACAUCUGCAUUAUAGGGAUCAUGUCAGCCACAGGAAAUGGCUAUGUUAUAUACAUGACCAUCAAACGCAAGACAAAGCUAAGGCCGCCUGAGCUCAUGACAGUCAACUUAGCCAUCUUUGACUUUGGCAUAUCAGUCACAGGGAAGCCGUUCUUUGUGGCGUCCAGUUUCUCCCACCGCUGGCUGUUUGGCUGGGAGGGCUGUCGUUUCUAUGGCUGGGCUGGCUUCUUCUUCGGUGUUGGCAGCCUCAUCACCAUGACCGUAGUCAGCCUAGACAGAUACCUCAAGAUCUGCCAUCUCAGAUACGGGACAUGGCUAAAGAGGCAACAUGCUUUCCUGAGUAUGGUGUUUGUGUGGCUGUACGCAGGCUUCUGGGCCACCAUGCCCAUUGUGGGCUGGGGCAGCUACGCUCCCGAGCCCUUUGGCACUUCCUGCACUCUGGACUGGUGGCUGGCCCAGGCCUCUGUGGCGGGCCAGAGCUUCGUCAUUGCCAUCCUUUUCUUCUGCCUUAUCUUCCCCACCGGCAUCAUCGUCUUCUCCUACGUAAUGAUCAUCUUCAAGGUCAAGUCCUCAGCCAAAGAAAUCUCCCACUUUGACACCAGGAACAAGAACAGCCAUAAUAUGGAGAUUAAACUUACCAAGGUGGCGAUGCUGAUCUGUGCUGGUUUCUUGAUAGCAUGGAUCCCUUAUGCAGUGGUCUCAGUGGUGUCUGCGUUUGGCGAGCCCGACUCAGUGCCUAUCUCUGUCUCUGUGAUCCCCACUCUGCUUGCUAAGUCCUCUGCCAUGUACAACCCCAUCAUCUACCAGGUCAUCGACCUGAAACACUCCUGUGCAAAAUCCUCCUGUUUUCAAGUUCUGAAGAAGCGCACACAUUUAAAAAAGUCAAGGUUUUACACAAUUUCUGGCUCGAUUAAAGUCAGUCCGUCCAUAAAUGAGUCUCACAUUGAAAUAUGAGAGAAAGACAGUGGUAAUCUCCUGUGAUAUGACUCCUGUCCCCUCACCUGUCCAAUUACAACCCUGCUAUCAACUGCUAAAAUAUUGACCACCGCUCAUCACCCAGACCUACUGUACGUAACUCAGUCUUGCUGUAUCUAUGUUCCUGCUCCAAACAGCUCUCUGUACUCUGGCUGAUGUCAAGAAGUAUUUUUACACUUUGUACAGAUUGUGUAUUGUAACACCUGUGACAUGCAUAUUUUUAAGAAACUUAAACCUUUAUGUGCUCCUGUAAGAUCUAAAGUGUUGUUAAGAAGGAGUUAUGAUAUACAGAUGUUGGAUCUUAAUUUGACCAGUUUCGUUGCAGGAGUAAAAUAAUCCUGCAGCAGGAGGAUUUUAUUAUUCUAAAAAAAACGGAUAAUUUCUAACAGGAAAUUAGUUUUCAUAGUCUAUAGUAGGCUAUAGUUUAGGCGUGAGAUCUAGUGAUAGAAAGAGGAACUGCGGGUUUUCAGUGAAUUUAUGUUACUACUAGGCCUCUUUAAAAUUUCCUGUGGAGCAGAGUGAUCAAAUUAAGAUACCAUAUCUGUACAGAGAGCUGGAGAGACUGUGGUAUUGAUGUUGGGGUUAAGCAUUAUUCCCUGCUUCAGGCAGGUUUGACUGUAGCAGCACUUUUCAUCAACAAUCAAAGUCGUCAUAUGAUUCUUACUGUCACUGGAUACAUGUUCAGAGACGUUGUUGACAUCACAAAACAAAAUACAAUUUUAGCUCAUGCACAAACUGCAUGCUCCACUGUGAGGUAGCCACCAGCACAUGUAGUUAAUUGGACCAAAUAUCAAGUCACAGCACAACAAUGUCUGUUAAGAGUAGUGGCUAUGUGGUACAGCUAUGCUCCUGUCAUCGUUAUCCAUUCUGUGUGCACAGAUAUUAGUCUUUACGUCUCAUAUACAAAACAUUAAGAACACCUUCCUAAUAUUGAGUUGCACCCUCUCUUUUGCCCUCAG